AAAAGACACGUGUACGGCUAUUGUUGUCCAGCAUUGCAUCCAACCGUUAAAAAUAAGCGCCACGUUUCAUGCCAUCGCAUUGCGCCACGUGUCCGUUAAGACGUCAAACUUCUGGAAUUUAUUGAGAGCCCUCGACCUCGCCCUUCUCUCGCGAAUCCCGCAUUCAUAGAGAAAGUCCGCGAUGCUUGCGAGUCUUUGAAGCCCAACACUCCGGCUUGAAUCUCCGGCGAGGGCAAGCCUCCGGCCUUCAUCUCUGCACCGCUGGUGGCGUCUAUGGAGGAUCGCAGGAGGCUUGCGUCUUUGUCUGCUUCUUCGUCGAGGAGGCGGGGGAGGAGGAGGGCUGGAGAUGUUGGACUGGUGCCUGGUGAUCGUGGGCGGAUUGAUGUCGAUGAGGAAAGGGCUGUCAAGGCGUUCCGCGAGGCUCUGAUUGCUAGAGAUUUGCUCCCGGCUCGCCACGAUGAUUAUUACACCAUGUUGAGAUUUAUGAAGGCAAGGGGAUUUAAUGUUAAAAAGGCAAUUAGCAUGUGGUCUGAUAUGCUACAAUGGAGGACAGAGUUUGGUACAGACAGUAUCCUUCAAGACUUUGUCUUUCAUGAGUUAGAAGAGGUUCUUAAGUACUAUCCACAUGGCUAUCAUGGGGUGGACAAAGAAGGAAGACCUCUAUAUAUUGAAAGGCUUGGGAAAAUUGAUUUAGAUAAGCUUCUUAAUGUUACGACAGUUGAAAGAUUUUUAAAGUAUCAUGUUCAAACCCUGGAGAAACUCUUUACUGAGAAGUAUCCUGCAUGCUCAGUUGCUGCCAGAAGGCAUAUUCAUACUAUGACAACAAUAUUGGAUGUGCAGGGGGUGAAUUGGAUGAGUGUCGGCAAACUAGUUCAUGAUAUAGUGAUUAGCAUCAAUAAAAUUGACAGUGAUAACUAUCCUGAGAUAUUGAAUCAGAUGUACAUUGUUAAUGCGGGUAGUGGUUUUAGAUUGCUGUGGAAUGCUUUGAAAAAUUUCAUUGAUCCAAGGACCUCUGCAAAGAUACAGGUCCUAGGCAAUACAUACCUAAAUACAUUGCUUGAAUUCAUAGAUAUAAGUCAAAUUCCUGAUUUUCUUGGUGGCUCUUGCACUUGCCUGAACGAGGGAGGAUGCCUUAGAUCAAAUAAAGGCCCAUGGACUGACCCAGAGAUAAUGAGAUUGUCUCGUGAACAAAAAAAAUCAAGCAUAAGGAGGGUUACUAGUCAAUCUCAUGACCAGGACUCAUCCUUUCAGGGUACACAAUCUGAAAAAAUUGCUACUUAUUCAGAUCGUGAAAAUGUGGUCUCCAGUGCUGUUGCAACAACUAAUAAGAGCACGUUGGAUGAAUGUGCGACUUCCAACAGGCUAUCUAAUCAGUCCAGUGCCAGGAAAGAACUUGGGCUUUUCCCUGAAUAUUGUUGUGAUAUUCAACAUAGAGGUUCUUCACAUGAAUCUCUUGCAGAAAGAAUCAUGCUAAGGAAGUUUUAUCUACAAGUGACAAGAACGAUGCCUAGCUUAGUCUUGAAAGUACUAGCAAUUUUGCAUGUAAUAUUUGUUUGGUUUGGUGAUUUUGUCCUGCAUCAAGUUGUGAAGCUGUGGAACUAUCAGAAUCGAGUUUCAACAAAUUCACUUACAACUGACCAUCUUGGCACAAACGAAUUGAAAGAGGAUGCCAUCAUUCCAGUUUUAGAGAGGCUUCAAAAGUUAGAAGACCAGGUGUUUGAGUUGAAUAAUAAGCCUAUGAAAAUACCACCAGAGAAAGAUAGCAUGAUUAUGGAGUCAUUAGAUAGAAUUAGAUCCAUCGAACAUGAUUUACAGAAGACAAAAAAUGCACUAUCUGCAACUUCCCUUAAGCAAGUGGAAUUGGCAGAAUCACUAGAGAAUUUACGGGAGAUCAACAUACAUAGGAAAUCAUGCUGCUUUAAUGAUUGAAAUCUAGACGUGAAGCAUAUACUGAGUUCAUGGUUGAAUGAGCGGCAUUUUAAUUCAAGCCCCUUCAAUAUUUCUACUGCUGAUCCUCAUCAAUAAAGCUUGAUUUGAGCAUGAAAUUGUUCUUGAUCUGAAAUCAAGCAUUUAAGAAUAAUUAGAGCUUUCCAUCGGAUUUGAGCCAAUGCUAUUGCCCUCUAUUUGAUGUGCAUGUAUACAUAUACAUAUAGGGUUCUGUGUUUCUUCCCUUUUUUUUUUUUUUCUCUCUUUUUGUUGUAAAUUACUGGGUUAUGGCAUUGAAUUUUCUAUGGCUGGUGCAUGGAAAGAAAUUUGACACUGAUAUAAUAACAUAUCUUAGUUGUAUCCGCAUUUGAAUUGUCUCCUGUGGGUAGGGGCAAGUUAGUUUUAUUUGUGUAACUGGGAACCUUCAUGUUGGUGCAGUUCCACUUAAUUGGUUGUCGUUGAAAACUAGAAAUUACUUCCGCAAUAUUUUUAUUUUUUGUACAUAUAGAAUUAGUAAAUUAAACAAAAAAAUAAAAAAGGCAUGCAUGUGUCUUGGCACUCAAGCUAAGUAUGUUUUUCCCCAGGAUUGUGGUAGGAAAAUACUGCUGAAGACUUGACUGCGUGAGCCUUUAUUCAAUGCUUCAAAGCUCAGCAUAAAAGAAGAGGGGGAAAAAGUACAGAUCAUCUUCUUAAGAAAAAAAACCAAUAAAACCAUUAAAACAAAAUAAACAAUAGAAACCUCUCAUAUGCACCUUUCCAACUAAAACGGCUUUUCAUAUAUUUAUCUUCCCAGUAAAAUUAAAUAAUCAAGGACUACCCAUAUUUGGGGGGGAUUGCACCAUGGAACCAUAAUACAAACACUUUCACCCUUUAAGGGAAAUAAAUAAAUAUUUUUUAAUAUUAAAACCCCUGAGUUUAUCACUUAUAACUGCUAAGUCUAGCUGUUAAAUUUACAAACAAGACAAACAUGUCUGACGAUUAGCAGUUUACCAUAGAAAACUAGAUAAACUUCUUAUCUGAUAGAACGCUAAUAAAAGACAAAUCAAAUACUUAUCCAACCCUAAGGAGUUUGGGAUUAAUUCCACCGCCUUUGGAGAUUUUGAUUUCAAGAGAUUCUGUGCACAAGAGAAAGAUUUAAAAAACACAGGUAUCACUCACUACUUUUCUUAUAAUUUAAUUUUUUUGAUACAAAACUAUGAGAAAAAUAAAGAAAGGGGGGGAAUAAUAAUAUGAUAUUUUGAAAGGAAAGGGACAAACUAUUCACGCAUUUCCUUUUAUUUAUUCAUUCAUCUUAUUUCCACCAUACAACACAAAGCAAGAGAACUACUUUAACAGAAGAGUUGAAUAGUAAAGCACCCUAAAUAUCAAAACUAAUAUUAAAUACCAUGAAUGAUUUGACAGUAAACAACAGCCUCUAAGACUGACGCAGCUAAACUAGUUUCAGUGAUUUAAAGCUGACAGAGUUCACAGUGAGAAUUUGCCAACAAAAUUCAAUGAGGAACAUUAAAUUAAAGCCAAAUACAAUCAAAUUCCAUCCAGAAGGAACAUCAACUAACAAAAGUAGAACCAAUUCCAAUGACAACUGAAAUUCAAAGUAUAAACAAAAAAAUACAUGUAAAAAAAAAAAGAUUUUGAAAGAAGUAGAUAGAGUCCAGCAUAAACUCAAAUUCAAGAACAUGGAAUAACAAGCAGAACCAGUUUCAAUGUCAACUGAAAAUUAAAUGCUAAAGACUACACAUCAUAGUUUCAAGAAAACACAAAAUUCAUUCACAGUAAUAUUAACACUCAUAUUAUCCAUAUAUAUAUAUAUAUAAAAUCAAAUUCAACAGCAUCAAGUACCAAGUAGAGGCAGUUUCAAUGUCAACUGAAAUUUUAAGGCCAAAGAUAACAUUUUUAUUAGUCCUGAAAUCCCAAUCACCACCACCAACUCAAAAGAUCCAAACAGAACACCAUAAUUUAUAAAACACAGAAAGAGAAACCGCAAGAACAGAU